UUUUUUUUUUAAUUAAACCAAAUGUCUACUCAUUCACCUAAUAAAACUUCUGAAUCUUUAUGGAAAGAAACAAAAACACCAGAAGGAAGGAUCUAUUGGUAUAAUACAAGUACAAGACAAACUACUUGGAAAAAACCUGAAGUAUUAUGGACAGAAGAAGAAAUAGCUAUUAACCAAUGUCCUUGGAAAGAAUAUACUACUCCAGAAGGAAAGAAAUAUUAUAGUCAUAAAGAAACUAAACAAACAACUUGGCAAAUACCUGAAGCUUAUCAAGAACUUUUAUCUACUUUGAAAAGAAUCAAGGAAACAACAAUAAAACCAUCCUCUUCAGGUUCUCCAUCUACUAUAGUAAGCCCAAUGUCUCCAGUAACAGCAUCUCCUCCAGUCAAUCAAACAUCAACUUAUUACAAUAAACCAACUAUAUCUGCCACUUCUGCUUCAUUAUUAUUAUCACAACCUCCUGAUAUUAAAGUAGAUUCACCUGAAAAAGCCAUGGAACAAUUUCAUUUAUUACUAAAAUCAAAAGGUGUUAGACCUGAUUGGUCUUGGGAAGAAACUAUGCGUGCUAUUAUUACUGAUCCAAGAUAUCGUGUCUUUAAAACUAUUAGUGAAAGAAAAUCUGCUUUUCAAUUAUAUAUUAAUCAGGAAGCUCAAAGAGAAAGAGAAGAGAAAGAAAAUCAAGAAAAGAAGGAACGAAAUGAUUUUUAUGCCAUGUUGGAAAGAAUACCUCAAAUCAAAUCUUAUUCUUCUUAUCGAACAGUUUUACCACUAUUUGCAAAUAUGCCAGCAUUUCAACAAGUAACAUCCGAUCGUCAACGACAAAAUUUAUUUCAUGAUUACAUUCAUCAAUUACGACGAUCAGAAAAGGAACAAUUACGAAAAACAAAGAAAACAAGUAUAGAAGCAUUUAAACAUCAAAUAUCUAAUCAAUUUGAUGUACAAGAUAUCACUCUGAUGCCCAAAUGGAAAGACAUUUAUCAACAAUAUGUCUUACCACAUGAUGAUACUUAUAAAGGAAUGACUCAGUUGGAUUUUUUGGAAGUAUAUCAAGAUUAUUAUCAUGAUAAAUGGAAAAAACCUUUGGCCGAAUAUCAUGAACGUCUUGAACAACAACAACAUCAAGAUCGAUUGGCAAGAGAUGCAUUCAAGCAAUUAUUGAAAUCAUUACAUCAAGAAGGAAUUAUUCAUGUUCGAUCACAAUGGAAAAAUAUCUAUCCUUUUAUUGAAAACGAUACAAGAUAUACCAAUCUUUUGGGUGUACCAUCUUCAACACCUUUAGAUUUGUUUUGGGAUUAUUUGGAUGAUUUAGAUCAAGAUUUAUAUGAUCAACGAAAGAUAGUACAAGAUUAUCUUAAGCAACAUGAUGAAAGGAUAACAUUGGAAACAAGUUUAGAGGAAUAUCAAGAUUUAUUGGCGAAACAUCCAUCCUUAUUGAAUCAAAUUGAACCUAAUAAUAUUCCAUUGAUUUAUCAAGAGAUUCAAAAAAGGGAAUUAAGAAAACAACAAGAAGCUGAAAGGAAACAACAAAGAAAAUUACAAAAGAAAAUUAAAAACUUACGACAUGCUAUUCGAAAAUUGGAUCAACCUCCUUUACAAGCUAAUGAUACUUGGGAUAUGAUAGAACCACGAUUACAAAAUAAUGCUGCUUAUCUUGAAUUAGAACAAGAUGAUGAUGCCAAAUUAGAAGCUUUUCGACAAGCAUUAGCCAGAUUGACGUCUGAACAACAAAAUACUGAAGUAGAUGAAGAUGAUGAUAAUGAAUAUGAUGAAGAAGAUGAUAAUGAUGAAGAAGGGAUGAUAAGGGAAUAGAAUAGAAUAGAAUAGAUUUUAUUAUUGAUUACUUUUAACAAAAUGAAAUAAAAUUAUAGUUUUUCUAUUGGAGAAAUCAAAAACGACUGCUUUUUUUUCUCCGC